UCACAGAUGGAUGUUUGAGGAAGUCACUCUGGGGAUGACUAAUUCCUGGAAAUUGGCUGUGGAAAAUCUCUCCAGUGCGAUGCGAAAAGAAACCCCUAUCUUUGCACACGGCGAUGCAAAAUCCCUUUUCAAAAGCUCUCAAAAUACAGGAGAACCCUUUGUUUUCAACCCAGUUUUUUUUUUUUUAUUUAGCUGCUAUCAGCAGAUAUAAAAGCUUCUCUCUUUGCAGAGAGAGGGCUUGGUUUUCUCUGUGGAACAGCACUGACCCAGCAUGUUGUGUUAUUGCAGAGCAGAGGAGAUGAGGAAAAAUGCAUGUGAGAUGCCGCACAUUCGCUGCUCUCUCAAGUCAAGGAAGGAUCCAUUUUGUUGAGGUCCGAGGAGGCCGACGUGCUGGGAAGCAAGCGAGAAGGGUCGUCACACCUCACCUCGUCUCUCGCAUUCCCCUCCUGUGCUCCUCGGUCAGGGAUGGUGACACCAGUAACCUCUCCUCCUCUCCGUGGUGACAAGUACCUCCGCGCCUCGUCCCACCGCUCCCGCGAGCCCAACAGCCAGCACGCUUGCCGAGCGGACACCGAGACACUCCACCAGUCAGUCACUUUGUCAACCAGCUUGCUAUCACCCGGCAACCUAUUACCUCACGCCAUGACCGCUUUGUCUGACCUGUGUUUAGGAACUCAUUAAUUCAUGCCCCACAGCGUGAGUGGAGUGGAGAUGAGAAAAAGGCAGGCGGCUCACAUCGAGGCCCCACCCCAGGCCCCUGGACAGCCUCGACCGAAUACCUGCUGCCUCUGCUGGUGCGGCUGCUGCAAGUGUCUGUGGAAUGAAGACAGAAUUGAGAGGAGCGAACGGCAGACCUGCACCAAGAUGGACAGUAUUGAAGCUGCUGAAGAACAACGUCCCAGUUUAGAAGAGUUGCUGUCGUGGGCACGGAGCUUCGAGAUGAUGCUGCGCUCGCUGGAGGGCCGAGAGAUCUUCCGAGACUUCCUGCGCUCCGAGUACAGCGAGGACAACCUGCUUUUCUGGUUGGCCUGCGAAGAGUUGAAAAAGGAGACCAACCCCUCGGCGGUGGAUGAGAAGGCCAGGAUUAUAUACGAAGAUUACGUCUCUAUAUUGUCGCCCAAAGAGGUGAGUCUGGACUCUCGGGUCAGAGAAGGAAUAAACCAGAGCUUGACGGAGCCUAGCAACACGAUGUACGAGGAGGCCCAGCUCCAGAUCUACACCCUGAUGCACCGGGACUCCUUCCCCCGUUUCCUCAACUCCUCCGUUUACAGAGACCUCCUGGACAGCAGGAGGCGCACCUGCCUCGACACCUAGACCUCGCCACCGUUCGUCAUUGCCAACGUACGCCAACGAGACUACUACUUAAAAACUUCAAAUACUACUAUGGUGCCAGAAGUCAGGUUUGGAAGAAAAUAAGCAAAAGUAUCUCGCUCUGUUCUGACGGAAAAAAAAAAAAAAAACAAUCUAAAUAACAUCCAAGAUAGCUGGUCGAGUUAUUAUUUUGUUUGUUUGUUUUUUUAUUUAUAUUUUUUAAACAAUUUCUAUCCAGUUGCUCACUGGAGCUAGGUCGGCCUUUGCUGGCUGGUUAAUCGGUCGCUUUGAGACCAUUAUUGCUGGCCAGUGAUUGUUUUCCUAGCAAUUUGUGCUGUUUCGUUUGAUUCAAGCGGCCGACUCCGCCCUUGUCAGCGGUCGGUUUGAACAGCCGACCCGAUGCGUUGGUUGAGCGUGGACAAGGACUUCUCAGGUGGCGAGGACACAGAGAAGGAGAGAGACGUAAAGGACAACCCACUGUUCCUUCCCGUACUGUAAUAAUCGAACCUCAUUCUUUCUUUACCCUCACUUUAUUGCUCUGUCCUUACUUGUCGGUUGUUGUCCCAUCUCCCCGUUGUUUUUUUUUUUGGUUGUUUUUUUUUCCUGCUUUAUACCUCCUCACUGUAGAAACAUGACGUCCAGUGGUUGGUUGGAGUGGGAGAAUCUUUGCCUUUUUAACCAGUUGAAGCAUCGGCUCUCUCUGCAUGCAGCUCUCUCUCUCCCUCUCCCUCUCUCUCUCUUUCUAUCACUCUCUCUCUGUCUUUACUGUAGCUUGACAAUAUAAGCCGCGGACUGCAACCUUUUCCGAGAGGUAUUAAGGCUGGCUCUUACUGACUGUAUACGCUCAGCGAAGGGGGAGAAAAAAAAAAAAAAAAAGGUACGUCAGUUUUACCAAUACUGCAGUUUUUAUGGAGAUGUAAAAGCUGCUUUCUCAAGCCCUUCUUCUUGUCCGUCCAUCCGUUUGUCCGAGUGUUUUCCUUCAUUUAAUCGGGAGAAGUAAGGGCUAGAAUUGUGGUUGGGCAGCUAUACUUCUAACAUUAUAUAACUCACGAACUUCUCUCCGCUGAGAAAAGAAAAAAAAAAUCACAAUGCCUUUACGCGUAAAGGAAGGCGGCAGAAGCGCUGCCGCAGAUUUGCUGUGAAGCAACCACAGUUUGUCCAACAAUCCCUACCUCCCAUACCUUUUUUUUUUUUUUUUAAUCCCUCCCUCUUUCUCUCGCCUGCUCAAAGAACUCCCUACAGCUUGA